AGCCCAGCCCCGCGGGGAGGCUCCCGCAGCCCAGGGACCCCGAUCUUUCCCCGCGCCGGGCGCUGCAGCCGGGCCCCUCCCGCGAGGCGCCCGGCAGCCCCAGGCUUCCUUUUGGUUCCCGCCCCGGGACGGGAGGCUCCGUCCGCUCCCUGGGCAGCCGGGGCGCUCCCUCCUUCUCCCUCCCGCGCUCUCCUCCCCUGUCCGUUUGCAGGGAGGUGCUCUCCUCGGGCGGCGGGGAAGGCGGGGUUGGCCUGCCGCUCCUCCUGCUAUGAUGCCUGGGCAGAUCCCGGACCCUUCAGUGACCGCAGGCUCCCUGCCAGGGCUCGGCCCCCUGACCGGACUCCCCAGCUCGGCCCUGACUGUGGAGGAGCUGAAAUACGCUGACAUCCGCAACCUCGGGGCCAUGAUUGCACCCUUGCACUUCCUGGAGGUGAAACUGGGCAAGAGGCCCCAGCCCGUGAAAAGUGAGCUAGAUGAGGAAGAGGAGCGAAGGAAAAGGCGCCGGGAGAAGAACAAAGUUGCAGCAGCCCGAUGCCGGAACAAGAAGAAGGAGCGCACGGAGUUUCUGCAGCGGGAAUCGGAGCGGCUGGAACUCAUGAACGCAGAGCUGAAGACCCAGAUCGAGGAGCUGAAGCAGGAGCGGCAGCAGCUCAUCCUGAUGCUGAACCGACACCGCCCCACCUGCAUCGUCCGGACCGACAGUGUCAAGACCCCUGAGUCAGAAGGCAACCCGCUGCUCGAGCAGCUCGAGAAGAAGUGACCAUGGGCUGGGAGGAGGUGGAGGAGGAGGAAGAGGAGGAGGACAAGUGACGAAGAGGGAGGAGAAGGGGGGCCCCAGAUGGCCCUUCCUUUGGUGCAUGAAAAACUGUACAAUGAGGUUCAGCACAGCCAGCAUCAGCCGAGCUUUUUUGUGAAACUCAGACCAGCCACCCAGGGGGAAGAGCAGGCUGAGGAAACCCAGAGGGACCAAGCGCUGAGACCAAAGUUGACCCUCGGGUAGGGCUGUCCUGCCUGGGGCCCCACUUGAAGGAGGCAGGACAGAGGCGUGAGGCCAGGGAGACUCCCAACGAGGCAGCCCUGGGCCCUCCUCCGGCCUCUUCACCAGGGCACCCACCCGAGGAACCUCCGAACAGCCAGGAAAAGCCAUGAGUUGCAACCAAAAUGAGGCUGAGGACAGAACUCAGAAUGAAACUGCAACCCACCUGCCCCCAGCCCUGCCCCUCACCCUGAUGCGAAGCUGGAGAGGGGCGUGCUGCAGGGCCCUGAUGCCCCCACCCACCUCGGUCCAGCGUGGCCCUGCCCAGGAGGCGGCAGCCGGGCGCACCCUCGCCAGCCCUGCUGGAGUUUGCUGUGGGCACUGAGGCGCGGGCGCCCUUCCAAAGCACAUACUCACCGAAUGUUUACAGACUGGCUGUCCUGGCAGGGCUUUCAACUGCACAUGUUUUUUAUACUUUCCUUUUUUUUUUUUUUUUUAAUAUUUUUUACAAAAAAAAGAUUUUAUACAAGCAAUAUAUAUAUGGAUUUCUAUAAUCACUCGAUGUGAUACAGUAUAAAUAUGCUAUGGUUUGUUUGUUAUGAACAGAUAGCCACCAGUUACGGCCGUUGUGUGUAACUCCUAAGUACUGUAGUCUUUGGGUGUCGGGGGUGGCCAGGGCGGGGGCGGGGUGCAUUUCCAUCCUUGUAAACCCUUCAUAGUACUCAGUCCUGUAUCGCUCAGUAAACAUUGCUCUUACUUACA